UCAUUGGAUAAACGACCAAUAAUAAUAAUUAUUCCAAGUCAAAGGAAUAGAAAUAUUUUUUUGUACCAUUAUACAAUGAAAAAUAAUAGACAUUUGCAGAUUUGACACAUAAAAAGUUAAAAAAAAAGCAAUGCAGAGGGGAAAUGCAAUUUUAUUUAGCUGUCUUCAAUUCUUGAAUAUUUGGAUCAUAUUGUUGCUGCUUAAUUAAAAUACCUAUUUACAAACUGUGGCUACAAAACAAUAAUGUAUUUUCCUUUGGCAGUGCCUAUUAAUAAAAAAUUUUGAAGUUUAAGAAAUUAAAAAAACUUAAAUAUGUGUGAUAAAAAAUGUGGAUCGAAAAUGGCACCGGUAGUGGAAAGAAUUAAGGAUAUCCCUAAUAUCGAUUUGGGCGAGGGACCUUACUGGGAUAUCGAGACGCAGAGUCUGUUUUUUGUGGAUAUUGUUGGAAAGGCCAUUCACAAAUACGUUCCUUCAACAGGAAAACACACUAAGGCUGUGUUAGACAAACCCGUUUCACUGAUUGUUCCGGUCAAGGGACACAAGGAUAAAUUUGUCAUAAGCCACGGGAAGGAGGUACUGAUUGUCACCUGGGACGGAGUAAGCAGCAAGGUGUCCAAAAGAGAAAAAAUCGCCGAAGUCGACCAGGGAAUCGAAUCCAGGAUAAAUGAUGGAAAGUGCGAUCCAACAGGAAGACUAUGGUUCGGUACCAUCGGGCCAGAACCAAUCUUCGGUCAGAUAGAACGCCAUCGCGCUUCUUUCUUCUCUUACGACAACGGUAAGGUCAUCACUCACUUGACGAAGGUCGACAUUUCAAACGGAUUGGCAUGGAAUACGGCCCUAAACAAAUUCUAUUACAUCGAUUCGCUCAAGAAAACUGUCGACCAAUUUGAUGUCGAUCUUGAGGCUGGGAUAAUAUCAAACAGGCAACCAAUUUUCACAUUUGACAAACACAACAUCGCUGGCGUUCCUGAUGGUAUGACCAUUGACGCCGAUGGCAAUUUGUGGGUGGCCGUUUUUGAUGGUUACAAAGUUCUCAACAUCGAUCCUAGACGGCCUGAAACUCUCCUACGAACCCUCGACAUUCCUGCCAAACAGACAACUUGCGUGGCAUUUGGCGGACCAAACUUAGAUAUCCUCUACGUCACCAGCGCUAAGAUGACUCAAGAUGGUGUCGUGCUCCCCCCACCCGAUCACGGAGCCACCUAUAAAGUAACUGGUCUGGGAGUGAAGGGUGUGCCAGUCGACGAGUAUGUCUUGUAAAGACAAUUUUUUAUAAACGCACCUGUUCUUCAUCUCACCUUUCGAAAUAUUAAAAUAAAAUAUUGUUAAUUUAACA